AUGAAAACGUUAGUUCACCUCUGUAUUCCCUCUCAACGUUCAUUUCUCUUUGUGCGAACAUUUGGCUUCACCUCUCUUCCUGUAUUCGGUAUCAGUGGUGGAGGAGAUCUCAUCAAAUCGGAGAGCCCGCAUAGAGUCAGGCCUCUACACUCGCCGUCCACAUCGACUGGUCCUCCUGCACCGCUAAGUUGUCCAAACGAACGAACUCCGGAGCUGAACGAGCGUCUUUUUGCAGCCAUCCUUGCGAACGGCACUGGAAGCUACAUUUUCUUCGUAUAUCCGUACUUCAAAAGGUUGCCUACCACGGACGUGAGUUUGAGCAGUGAGCUCGGUGGAUUGCCCGUGGUCCUUGACCAAGAGGAUUGUGGCAUUUCUGGUAGGACCAAGCUCAGUUGUACCUUGCAUUGGAGUUACGUAGAGAGGGGGCUUCAACAAGGUACAGGAGCUAAUGGUGCUGAGGCAUCGUGUGACAAGACGCCAGAUGAGAGACACUACUUGACAUGAUUGUCAGGGUCUUGUGG